GGCACGCACAGUGUCUCCGCCUGUGACGUAGCCAGCCUCGGCUACCAUAUUUUGUGCGGGAGUCACAGCGGUCGGUGGGAUUCGUAUGGAGACGGAAAGUCGGAGCUAGGGAUUUGUGCAUCUCUCACUCUGCCAGUGACACAAAUCUUGAUUUUUGCUGACACCGAGAUAAGAUAGAAAUGUCUGACGAAAUCGAGGAUACAAAGGCGGCCGAAGAGACAACCGUGGACGAGAAAGAGGUUGAGGACAAGGUGAUAAGUCCUGAAAAGGCAGAGGAGGCCAAACUGAAGGCCAGGUAUCCAAAUCUAGGACAUAAACCUGGAGGCUCUGAUCUGCUCCGCAAACGCCUACAGAAGGGGCAAAAAUACUUUGAUUCAGGUGACUACAACAUGGCUAAAGCAAAGAUCAAGAACAAGCAGCUUCCAACGGCUGCGCCGGAAAAGACGGAGAUUACGGGGGACCACAUCCCCACGCCCCAGGACCUGCCGCAGAGGAAACCUUCUCUGGUGGCCAGCAAACUGGCCGGCUGAUGCACACACAGCCUUGUCCUAGCAUUACUUCCCAGCCCUAACCCUCUCCACUCCAGUCUUAGACCUAUAACAUUACCCGCACCCCUCUACCACCUGUCCUUGCCUCUAUCCUCUCACUUGCCUGGACCCCACCCAAGAGGAAACCAUCACUGGCACCCAGCGAACUGGCUGGGUGAUACACUCCCAAUCUAUUUUUGUUUUGUUAUUUUUUGUUCCCACCCCCUGGUACUCUCUUUUCUGCCUCCUGUUCUUGUUUUUGUCUCUUGCUCUCCUCCACACUGACCACUGUCAUUACCCUCUUUCCUCUCCAUGCUGUCCCAUAUUUUUUUCUCCCUUUCCUCCUAUGUAUGAUACACUGAAAGACAGGACAUCCAUGUGUGAGUGUGAUGAAGCGGACUGUGACGCCUCUGUGUAAUUGUUUGACAAUGGCUAAUGAGUGUGCAUUGGCUGAAGAGAGGGGGCAAGCAGCAGAUGCUGCGCCUCAUCUGAUUGGAAGGCUUCAGCAUAGUGAUCAGGAUCCCUUAGUUUGGAUGUGUACAUAAUUCUUCUUUGGCGCGGAGGCAGACGUCAGCCUUUUAGAAAGUUUUACAUUAGAAUUGUAUAAUUCACUGUAUGUCCUUAUUCUAAAUUAUGCUGUUAAUGUGCUUGAGUGACUGACUGAAUAUAAAAACCCAGACGCUGAGCUCAGUUUUGUUAACACAUUGGUUUUGAAGCAUGGAGAGAGGGAGGCCUUACUGAUGGACCAAGCAGAAAAGGCCAGAGUGUCAUAUGGAACUGCAUGAGUGUUACAGGGUUCCCCAAGGCAAAUUUGACUGAGCUCCAAAUUUGACUCAUUUUAGGUGCACUGAACAUACACAGAUGUGGGCUGACUUUACAUGGUGGGAUUUUAAUGCUACUGCAAAUGCCUGUAAUGUGUUCUGUAUGAGAACCAUCCAAUGAAAAUCUUGAAUCGGGUUUGUGUCAUCACUUUGAAGUGCACAAAAGUUGCACUGUGUGAAGCCAGCCUUACUCAUAAUGCUGAAAAGCUCAAGUGCAACAUGUAAUCACUGGGUUGCAGGGAGAUAGCGUGUUUGAGACACCUUGAAACUAAGAAAUUUUCUGUGGUCAAGGUAGAUGGACUGAAGAGGAGAGUGUAGUUUUGUUGCCACAGUCUGAACUAGGGUGUCGAAAAUGAUGCAGCCCUCUCCUUAGGACAAAUGUUUCUUGUUCCCAGUUGUCAUGAAUGAAUUGCGAUCAGCCCAGAGGAGGGGCAGUGGAUUAUAUGGGACCUGAAAACUAAAUUCCUGUCAGUGAGGACCAGCCUUUAUACCCCUCAGCCUGCAUAGGUAUAGAUUUAUGGAAAACAUGGCCAGGGUGCAGCUCCUGGCUUUGGGAACAAAUGGAAUGCCAUUGUUAUGAAUCAUGUAGGACUUAAAAUAAAAACAUUCUGUAUACCUGAACAUUCAUAUAGUUUUAUGAUACAUUGUCUUUAGCCCUGUGUAUUGCUCUUCCCAGGUCCUAACUGACUGAAUGGAAUUUACCUGUAAAAGGGUCCAGGUUGAAAAAUCUAAACUAGCACUACAUCUGUAUGAGCUGUGCAUGUACAUGGCUGCCCUGCUGUCACUUUGUGCCAUUUUGUUUUGUAAAUAAAAUAGUUUUGCACAAAUG